AUGAACACCAUCGUCUUCAACAAGCUGGGCGGCCAGAUGCUCUUCGACGACGGCGCGGCGGAGCGGGAGCGCGGCGGCAGCCGGCCCUACGCGGCGGUCCUCGACGUCUCGCCCCACCGGGAGGUGCUCCUGGCCGACAGCCCCUCCAUGAAAGACAACCUCAGCCUUCGGCACAGGAGGACCGGCACCCGGCAGAACAGUGGAAAGGUGAGGCACAAACGCCAGGCCUUGCAGGACAUGGCGCGGCCAUUGAAACAAUGGCUGUACAAGCACCGAGACAACCCGUACCCCACUAAGACAGAGAAGAUCUUGCUGGCUCUUGGCUCCCAAAUGACUCUGGUGCAGGUAUCAAACUGGUUUGCCAACGCAAGGCGUCGCCUUAAAAAUACUGUCCGGCAGCCGGACCUCAGCUGGGCUUUACGGAUAAAGCUGUACAACAAGUAUGUUCAAGGAAAUGCUGAAAGACUUAGUGUAAGCAGCGAUGAUUCAUGUUCAGAAGAUGGCGAAAAUCCUCCAAGAAGCCAUAUGAACGAAGGGGGAUACAACACACCGGUUCAUCACACUGUAAUUAAAACUGAAAGCUCAGUAAUAAAAUCUGGAGUUCGACCAGAAGGGAGUGCCAAUGAGGAUUACGUAUCGCCCCCCAAAUACAAAAGCAGCUUGUUGAAUCGCUACCUGAAUGACUCAUUGAGGCACGUCAUGGCCACAAAUGCAGCCAUGAUGGAAAAAACAAGGCAAAGGAACCACUCGGGUUCGUUUAGCUCCAACGAAUUUGAAGAGGAACUGGUGUCUCCAUCAUCCUCCGAGACUGAAGGCAAUUUUGUCUACCGAACAGAAACUCUGGAGAAUGGCCCUAACAAGUGUGAAAGUGCAGCUAACAGAAAGAGAUCAAACAGAGAUGAAACGUACUGGAAGGAGAUCAACGCAGCAAUGGCCUUAACAAACCUUGCGCAAGGAAAAGACAAACUGCAGGGAACGACCAGCUGCAUCAUUCAGAAAUCAUCGCAUAUAUCAGAAGUAAAGACUGUCAAAGUGCCACUAGUCCCUCCGUUUUAGAGAGCCA